AUGGCACCACCUACUCUAGCACAAAAGGACAAGAAACUAUUUGCUGAUCUCUUAAGUCAGUAUGAAAACAGACAACUCACCAAGGGCAGGAAGACGGCCGAUCAAAUACUCAAAAAGUAUCCCGAACAUGGUGAAACAAUGUGCAUGAAGGGUCUGAUUCUAGUGCACCUUGGCCAGCGUGAUGAGGGCAUCAAUCUCGUCAAGGAGGGCAUGCGCAAGGACCUGUCUUCUCAUAUCUGCUGGCACGUCUGGGCGCUCAUCCAGAAGAGUGAACACAAAUACGAGGAUGCACUCAAGUCGUACAUCCAGGCGUUGAAGUUUGAUAAGGACAACUUCAAUAUCCUGCGAGAUACUGCUGUCCUUCAAACGCAGACGCGUCAAUUUGAGGGCCUGGUAGAAACUCGUCAUAACCUCCUCCACCUGCGGCCUUACAACCGACAUCACUGGGUUGGUCUCGCGGUCGCAUAUCAGCUGAAUGGAAACCUCCCUGAGGCAAAACAAGUUCUUGAAUAUAUUGAAGGGUUCCUUCGGAGUGUAGGAUCUUACGAUGUGGAAUUCUCGGAGUUGUUGAUGUACCACAUUCGUAUACUAGAGGAUAUGGGUGACUUCCAAUCCGCGGUUGACAUGCUCGAGUCACAUGACAGGACCAAGGGCGGCUCUGUCCUGAAUCGCAUGGCGGGCACGGAGGUGAAAGCUCGCUUAUUGGCAAAGCUGAAGGAAAGCAACGCGGAUGAUGAGCAAAAGACCGCUUGGACGGAACAGGCAGAUGCUGCUUGGCGCUGGCUUCUGUCACAAAAUGCCGAUGGCUACGAGUACUACAAAGGGUUCCUUGCUAAUCAAGGCAUCGACCUUGCUAAUGUCACUGACGAAAAUCGGGAAAAGGCGCUUGAGAUGCUCCACGGCUACUUUAAUGCCCAGUUUGCUACCGCUCCUCGUCGACUGGCUCUUCAUGUGGCCACUGGACAGGAAUUCAAGGAUCUCAUCAAACCCUACCUGACUAACGCGCUCACGAAAGGGAUUCCCUCCCUCUUUGCUGACCUCAAGCCACUGUACGGGGACCUGGUCAAGCGUCAAAUAAUCGAAGAUACCGUGGAAGAGUUUCGUGCGACCUUGGCGACCUCACCCCCUUCGACCGGCGAUUCUAUUGAGCCAACAACUUACUUGUGGGCGCUAUAUCUCCUCGCACAGCAUCAUUCCUACCUAGGGCGCCACAAACAGGCCUUGGAAAUAUUGGAUGUUGCAAUAACACAUACUCCGACACUGCCAGAGCUCUAUAUGACACGAGCCCGCGUGCUCAAACGGGCGGGUGACCCACAUGGCGCCGCGAGGGCCAUGAAUGAUGCUCGUCUGUUGGAUGGGCAGGACAGGUUUAUUAACACAAAGACGGGCAAGUACUUGCUGAGGGCUGGCAUGGUUAAUGAAGCGGACGCUAUAUUCUCCAAAUUCACGAGGGGAGGGGCGUCUGCGGCGGUAGAUCUGGAGGAGAUGCAGGCAAUGCAUUACCUUGUCGAGCAGGGUGAUUCAUAUCGACGGGCUGGCAAGCUCAACCUUGCUUUAAAGAAGUAUUAUGUAAUACAGAAAGUCUUCGAAUCGUUCCGUGAAGACCAGUAUGAAUUCCACCAGUAUUCUGUACGGAAAACGAUUCUCAAUGUUUACACCGAGAUGUUGAAAUGGGAGGAUAAUGUGCGGUCACAUCCAGGCUUUAUUCAUGCAGCAGUUGCUACCGUUCAAAUAUGGGUUGCAUUGUACGACGAUGCGACUCUCGGACCUAAAACAACCGCCUCAGACGUUUCCUCCAAGAAAGCCAUUAACAAGGCGAAAAAAGCUGCUCGUAAGGGACAGCCCGAAGCAGACGGUGCAAACAGCAAAAAGGCCACAGCCACUCAAUCCGAGGACAAAGGCCUUGACCCCCCCCGUCCGAAAGACGAUGAUCCAGAAGGCCUGAAACUGGUCUUGGCCGAGGAUCCCCUCGAACGCGCGGACAAAUAUUUAACAGGCCUAUCAGAGCUUGUGCCGCAAAAUAUGGACAUUUGCUUUGCGAUAUAUGAUGUUGCUAUUCGACGAAAGAAAUACCUGCAAGCUGUUAGGAUGCUCACGCGCGCCCAUUCGCUGGAUUCCGAACAUCCUGAUUUGCACUCGCGGAUAGUGCAUCUGAGGAACACUGUUUCCUCAUUACCCGAGCCAAUUCCCGCACCGGUCGGACCAGUACUUGCUGAGUCCAUUGCCUCACUACUUCCAGCAGAGGUUUCCCUUGAAUUGUUCAACUCCCAGUACCUCCAGAAACACUCUUCAUUGCCGAUGGCUAUUGUAGCACAUGCGAAAGUCGCGCGAAUAUUGAAAGCACCGCAAGACGAAAUUGACUCUAUACUAUUCACAGUGUUGAAGGAGCCCGUACAACUUGAUCACGAGGCUGCAUUCGUGGUACUAUCGUACUUGAAAGAAAUGAAAUCUCCACGCUCCGAGGAGUUCCGGAUAGCGUGCAAUGACAGAUUCGAGCUGAGCACGCUAUUCAGGAGCGACGAGGAGAUCGCUGCUCUCCAGAGAUCUUUCACAGAGUCGGGGGAGUCUCUGGCUGAUGGCGAGGCCCUUGAGACUGUUAUAUGA